UCUUCUUUUCUCUUCUUUCUCAAAGUCAUCCAUCCAUAGUAUAGAGAGCCAAGAAGCUAGUCAAAAUGGCAAGGAAGUGGCAGAGGAUAGCAGCCCUUGGGAGGAAAACAAUUUCUUCACCAAGAACCAAAGUUGAUGUUGAUGCAGACAAUUGUAGCACAUCAGUGGCUGACAAAGGCCAUUUUGUUGUGUAUACCACUGAUAAGAGGCGGUUUAUGAUUCCCUUGGCAUAUCUCAGCAAUAAUAUCUUAAGAGAGCUCUUCAAGAUGGCUGAGGAGGAGUUUGGACUGCAAAGCAAUGGGCCUAUAACUCUCCCUUGUGAUUCAGUCUUCAUGGAGUACAUACUCCCACUCAUCCAACGAGGUGUAGCUAAAGAUGUGGAGAAAGCCUUGCUCUUCUCCCUUGCCACCAGUUGCUGCUCACUAUUGUCUUCCCAUCAAGAACAUAUAAGCCAACAAUUACUUGUUUGUAGCUAUUAACUGUUAUUUGUAAUGAUCCACAC